AUGUCACGUCGAGUGUUCGACCGUAAGGAACCGCUUCCUCUACCAACAUCUGCUCCAGUAGUCUCAAACAUUCAUGAAUUUUUGGAUCGUUCGGAUUUCGAAAUACGACCGGUUAUCCCAAAUUUACCUGUGGCUGACAAACCGCCAAAAUUCGAUAUACAAUGGAGUUCUUUUAAAAUUACAGUGCAUGAUGGUAUCGAGCUGAAAGAAUCUGCAAUAAAAGCUGCCAAAUCAUUCCGUUACGAAGCGGAAACAUACCGCGCAUUUGUUAAAAGACUUCAAGGUUAUCUUUCGAGUCAUCUAGACCUUUUGCUUAGCAGCUACUGUAAGGAUGUGCAUGAUAAAGAUAUUUUGAAACAACAUUUUGAGAACAUGAGUAAUGAUCAUCGUGUCCUUGGCGAUUAUAUGGAGCUUCCCACUGUGUUGUAUGUACCGGAUGAGGAUUCUGAUGCACUUUUCCAUCUUUCCAAAUUGAUGUAUGCAUUAAUUUCCGUUCUUAUUGCUCAGUCUGAGCCUCCGGGUAACUUAUUUUCUUUUAUACCAAUCGCUGAACCCCUGGGCCUUUCGCAUUCGUUUGAUUCUUUGGUCAUGGUAUUCCAAACGGCGGAUGUUGGUGCUGCUGCAAAUGCUUGUCUUCAGUCCUUGACAGAUUCCGAAGGAACCAGACGUUGGAAGUCAGCAAUCAUUCUUGUCGAGGAAGCAAUUGAAAGUCAUUUUGUGAAACAGUUGCGAAAGAUUAUGGGAUUACUCGGAGAAAAGACACAAGGUUCGGUGCUUCGCUCGUUUCCUCUUUCGCCUGGUGCUGCCAAACGUGUCGAAAAUUACGUGCAGCGUUUAAAAGCUAGCCAGGGAGUUACAGUCAUUGAACCUAAAGAUGGGAAUUUGACAAUGGGUCCAAUCGUACUGACCGACACCGUACCCUCAACUCUUAAAGACAACGGAAACCUGGAUCUGGGACCAUUGGCUCAUGUGUUACGUUUUCGCACACUUAAAGAAGCACUUUCAAUUGCUUCUUAUAUAUGCAGUAGUCGACAGAAUCAUAUUACAACGUUCUCUCCCUCCGCCGGGGAUCUACCAUUUGUUGCAGAAUUGUGGUCUGAUUCAGCUUCUGUUAUUUGGCGUUCAUCUUCCCACCUAGCUGGUGCUGGUAUAAGCACUAUCUUUGUCAACUCGCCAUACGUCGAGAAAGCUAGAGUGAUUUACGAGUUUCUUUCUCGGUGCUCGUUGUGUUCAACUCUUGCAGGACAAAGAAAACCACCAAAUGAGAAGUUGGUGGAUGAUAUAAGCUCUCUGUUAAGUUUAGCAAAAAAAGCACAGGAAAGCUGGUGCAACCUUGGAAUGGAAAUAAUACAUGAAAGAGUCAGUCAACUCGUUCGUAGUGAAACUCCACUGGAACCUCUUGGACUCUUGGACGCUGUUCACUCUCAGAGGAAAAGUGCUACCGAGGAUUCUUAUUUAAUGCCAUUGCCAAAAAAUGAUAAUAAAAGCCGCGGAAUCUUUGUAGCCCGAUCGUGGUCUGUUCCCAUUGGUCCUGUAAUAAUGACUAUGGAAAACCCCAUGGAUGAAAAACAAUGUAAUUUAACGAUUUUUAAGUUAGUUGAAGCGGUAGCAGCUGGUAAUUCUGUACUUAUGCUUUCUCCAAAGUGCAGCAAGGACAGUCGAUUCCUCACGAUAAUUACAUUUUUGCAACAUUCCUUGCCCUCUAAUGUACUUCAGUUUUAUGAAAUUGAAAGUUUUGACGAAAAUCUUGUGCUGUCCCUGCUUUCUACCGUUCGCCAUCCUGGCUGUUUUAUGCCGCAGCAUAUGCACACAAGAGGAACUAUAGAACUCCGAAAUACAACUUAUGGUUGUUAUCCAUUUACGCGGAAAGCACUAAUGUUUUGGUCCAUUGGUGGAGAGAUUUUCUCGAACUAG